GGCUACUAGUUAACAACAGCGAGAAAAUUUGGAAUACUACAUGGACGCCAUGCGUUGUUGACCGAGGAGUAGCAAUGGCAGAGUAUGUAGUUUCUUCCUCACCUUCAUUUAGCAAUUUGCAUAUGUGGAGGAGAAACCGUGUCAAGGAGACGACGCCCUCUUUUACCCCCAACAAUUUGUUCUCACAAAGAAAGUAUUCCCACCGAAACUGUAAAGUUGUCCAGGUCUCUACGCUGAAAACAUGCUUUGAUGGGCUAUUAAGUUUCAAAGCAAGCCCUGUUACUAGGAAGGAUUCCGUCAAGUGCUGCUGCCUGGGAUCGUUGGUGGACCCUAAUGGUGCAAUGGUGUCUGGCUGGGUUUCUGUCAGCGAUCAGUUACUUCUGAUGGCUAGUAUAUUUCUUACGUAUAUGGCUGGAGUAAUUCCCCAACACAACUCCAAUCACACUCAUCAGAAGAAUUUUAUGGAGGACAAUGUGGUUGUUGAAGGCUCUACGUCUUCUGGUAGUUAUAGGAAGAAAGAUGACCAUGUUAAUUUAAAGCAUGCUUGGGAUGCAGUGAAGGAAAAACUUUUGGAUUCUCUAGAUGCUAUAGAACGCAGGAGCAACUUGGGAAACAAAUUCCUUCAAUUUGAGCAACAACAUGCCAAGCGACCUUUAAGUUUGUUUGCUAUACCCGACAGCCCAAAGUUGCGAUUACUGUGGACUUCUUUUCAGUGGCUCGAGGAAGAGGUAAAGAACGUAUUUGCUGAUAGUGAGGCUGUUAGCAUGGAUGAUUGGUUGGCAAUCUUUCCUGAAAUUAUUGAAAAAUCCUGUCACCCCGUAUGCAUGGCUUGGCUGGUAGAGGAGCUUCAGCUAGAAAACAAGAAGUCUGACAAGGAGCUUGUUUCUUUGAUGAUUGAGAAAUUGAAAGGAGAUGAUAUUGUUUUACAGAAUAUAAGAAAGUCGGGCAAAGAGGAUCUUUAUGCAGAAUUAUUAUACUUUCUUAGAUUUGGUUCUCUCAGGAAGAGUUGCUGUUAUGAUUGUAGAUUGUUUAUUUUGCAUGGAGAUUCCAUAUUGGAAGAUUUGGUGAUAACUUUAGCGGAUGGGAUUGCUAGUGUUUAUUUGGAGAUUAUUUCUGUUGAUGGUAGUUUGUCGAAUGAAAUGAACAGCCUGGAUAUGUUUAUGUGUAAUAUGUCAACCCGAGCACUCCAGAGAUUACGCAAUGAGGUAGCUCUGAAUCAGUGGCUGUAUCAAAAUGUGGAGGCAGUUGUAUCAAUGUAUGAGGACCGAUUUGACCUGUGUACUCUUCAAUUAAAAUUCAUUGAAGAACCCUGUGAGAAUCAGAUUGAAAAGCAUCCUUGGUGGAAGAAGCUUACUCUGAGAAAAUCCAUAAUGAUGCAAUCUUCAUGUUUUAGUGCCAUAAGCCACUUCUCUAUGCCUGUAAAGCGGACAAAGGAACUGAGGGCCUUGACAGGGUGGAGAUACUACUUCAGUCUAUACCUUGAGUUAUCUGACAUUAUGAUGCCACUGGUUAGAGCUGUUAUUGACAAAGUCAGCAAUGCUAUUUCAUUCUUCCUAGUUACGUUGAUUGGGAGGUCAUUAGGACUCAUUUACACUGGAAUUAGGCAGUCCCUGCGAUGGAAGUGAGAUUUUAAUGGUACAUUUUCUGUUUUAAUUACAAUUUUGCAUCUCAUCUUUUAUCAUUAGGAUUAUUAUUUUUUGGAUAUAGCAGUCGCUGUUGGAAGAUCAGUAUCACAGUGACGUGUCAUUAGAACCUUGGAAUUUUUGCUUGGCCACUUGAGGCCUCUAUUAAAUCGUUUCUUAAUAAAUCUCAGAAUCUUCACCAGUUUCAUUUAAAGAACUGGCUUUCAUCUGGUCAAA